AUCCAUUUCAGACGACUCAUAGGAAAAAUCAUAGCAGUGUGUCAUCAGAAUCCACAACAAAGCAACAACCAAUGUCUACAGCUUCACUAGAAUUAAAUUUGUCUACAUCCACUGCUGCCUUGUCCAGUUCUAGGACUCAGACAUCAAAGACUGACUUUGCAAGUAGUACAUUGCCAAAGAUGCAAACAGAAUCUGUCCUCCAGUCAACAUCUUCAGGGAGAGAAACCACGUCAUCAGAGGCAAACCUUACAACAUUGAGAGUAUCAACUUUAUUUACGGCUCCAAAAGAACAAAGGUCUACUGAGUCAUCAUCAGAAACAACUUCAGGUUUGUCUACCCACCAAUGGACACCAAGGUUGCCAACAGAAGCAACCAGUCCAUUACCCACUUCAUCAUUAAGUGUGCCAAGAUCAUCUGCAACAGAAUACUCAACCUCUGCGAGGCAAACACAGAAAUCCCUUCUAUGGACAUCACCAAUGCCACCAUCUGCCAGUACGUCUGCAUCACCAAAAAAAUGGUCUGCAAAGUCCACUCCUACCACAUCUGCUGACUUGCUACCAUCAUCAUCAGCUUUUGAACCAACAAGGACAGACUCUACCAGCUUCCCAUUGUCUUCUUCUGAGCCUUCCAAUAUGUCUCAACACUCAACAGUUCAACAUCAGACAUCCAAAGCCAAUACAAGGACACCAGCUACUCAUUCAACUGUGACAAGUUUGCCACCUACCACAUCAUCUAAACAGAGAACAUCCUCUCCCUGGCCAGAUAAGCUGACAACAAUGACAUCAUCGACAGAUGAAUUUCCUACAACUGUAACAACUGUGGUUUCAUCAACCCCCAACGCAUCUCCUCCACACACCACAUCUCCAACUUCCAGCUCAUCUGCUUCCCAAACCACACCUUUAACUACACCUAGACCAGUAACACGACAGUUACUGACAUCGACAUUGACGACUCAGACAUGGACAACUACAACAGCAGAACCAACAACAACACCAGCAACACCAACAUCGUUUUCAACUCGACUAUCCUCCUUAGAUUCAUUAUCAACAAAAACGGCCAUCUUCUCGUCUAAGUCCUCCCCAAUAGUGACAUCUCUUAUAGGGACACUAAC